UGGGCUGGGUCACAGAGGAAGCAUGUCAGACCAGUGAGACAGCACAUACACAGAGCAGUUGGAAGAAGCAGAGAGACAUACACUCUGUGUGCAGUGUGAUUUAGCGUGUGUGUGUGUUACUGAGUAGUGAUGGUAGCAGAGGAGGUGGUGGUCUCUCUCUCAGGAGGGGCUCCAUGGGGCUUCAGACUGCAAGGAGGAGCAGAGCAUCAAGCACCACUGCAGGUUUCCAAGGUGCGACGGCGCAGUAAGGCAUGCAGGGCUGGCCUGAGGGAGGAGGAUGAGUUGGUUGCCAUUGGCGACCGUGUGUGUGCCGAGCUCAGCCACGCUCAGGCCAUGACCCUCAUCGACUCCCACCGGCACACACUCAACCUCAGGAUCAAGAGGUCUAGGUCUGGGGUCCACACUGUGGCCGUGUCAGGUCGUACACCUACACAUAUAGCUACACACACAUACACACCCACACACCCCGUUCUCUCCCCCACUGACGGGCCAGCCUGCCUCACCAUCACCUCCCCCCCUGACAGUGAGGCCUACUAUGGAGAGACGGACAGUGACGCGGACACACACACACACACACACCGCCGUCAGCGACGCACACCUCCACAUACACGCUCUCCAGGUCGCCAGCAGCAGGAGGAGGAGACCUCGGAGUUGAGCGGGGGGACCCGACGGGGGGGAAGAGAGGCGGAGGGAGAGGGAGACAGUGGUUUCCAGGAGGCAGGGUUGUGUGUGGGUCUGGCCUGCUCACCCCUGGUGUCUCCAGAGCGGGCUAAAGGAGCCAUGAUGCUGGGUUCCAGCCGACAGAUGGUUCCCAUGGUGGGCGCCCAGCUGACCCCACUCAGUGAUGAUCUAUCUACUACGUACAAGGACAAGGCCAGGCAAGCCAAGCUGCAGAGAGGAGAGAGUGCGGUAGAGAAGCAGGUGAAAGAGGCUCGUACUAAAUGUCGUUCCAUCGCCUCCCUGCUCACCGACGCUCCGUACUCCAACUCUAAAGGAGUUCUCAUGUUCAAGAAGAGACGCCAGCGUGCCAAGAAGUACACCCUCACCUGUUUCGGCCGCGCGGAGGGGGAGGUGGGUCCUGAGACUGGGGGAGAGACGGAGGGAGAGGAGGAGGAAAGGAUUUCCUUCCUAUCGGGUUCAGAGGUGGAUGAAGAGGGCUUCGCUGGAACCUUUGACCCCACCUGGGACAGCGGAUACCUAGACCUGCUGGAUAGGAGGAGCUCCGCCUGUCCAUCCACCUAUAACUCAAGGUCCCAAACACCAACCAAUCACAGCUCAGGGUUGGAUUCCUCGGCUUAUCAGAGCCCAGAGAUGAAUGUGUCAAUCAAUCAGGGCUCUGUGACGAAUGCCCCUGCCUAUCAGAGCCCAGGGCUGGACUCCAUUGCCUAUCAGGGGAAAGAGACGGAGCAGUAUGAGCAGCAAAGGAAAAUGGCCACCCAUGUCGCCUAUAACCCCGCCCCUAACCCCGCCCCUAACCCCUCCCCGGCCGCAGGUUUGUCAAAUGGGGGCCCUGUAGGGGUGAGUCGAGCCAGUGUGGUUCUGACCCUCCCCUCUCACACACCUAUCCUCCAGCCUGACCUAAACCCUAACCCUAACCCUAACCCGCCUGGAGGGAUCCAUAACCGCACGGCAUGCCCCUUCACCUCAGGCCUCGCCCCAUCUCGCCCUCCAGCCACCCCUGUCAUCUUUCGACCCGUCCAGCCCACUCCUGCCGUAACAAUGGUUUCCAAACCCACCGCUGCGGUAUCCAUGGUGACCAUUGCCCCUCCUCGCCCUUCAGGGGGGCCCCAGGCAAGGAGAGCGGUCUCCAGUACCUCGCUCUACAUCCCCCCUAGACCUGCUGCAGCCAUCCUUUCUCCUCCUCCCUCUGUCCUCUCUCCUCCUCCUGUUCUAUCUCCUCCCUCUCUGGCCUCAGCUCCCUUCUCUCCUACCUCUCAACCUUUCACUCCUCCCUCUGUCCAUAUUGCCACCUUCUCUCCCUCUUCUGCCUCCUAUUCUCUUCCUAAUCAUCCUCCUCAACCCACCCAACACUUCUGCUCCUUGAGUGCUCCUCAACCUUUCUCUCCACCUCCUCCUGCCCCCUCUCAACACUUCUCUGCUCCUCCUCGACAACCUUUCUCCCCUCCUCCUGACGCCCCAGUCUAUCCAUCCUCUGCUGUGGCUGCCCAGCCCUUUUCUGCUCCUCCUUCUCUUAAUCAAUCCUUCUCUCCUUCCUAUCCCACACCUUACUCUCACCCACCCCCCCUUGCUCAGACCCAACCCCCUCCUCCCCUGACCUUCAACCCCUAUGUUGCCAUAGCGACCCCCUCCACUGCCCAGCCCCCAUCCUCUGAUUCACUGUCCUCCCGUGAGCAGCGUAUCGCCGUCCCCGCCUCCAGAACAGGCAUACUUGCGGAGGCACGUCGCCGCAGCAACAAGAAGCCCAUGUUCCGUCCGUCUGUGGAGAACAAGAAGGACGUGUCUCCCAACCCGGCCCUGCUCGAGCUGCUCCAAAACCCGGACGCACCAACCAGGAUGGGUCCACGCCCCGGUCCCGGUCCCGGCUCCAUGGGGCCUAGUGGAGGAGUGGGAGGUGUGGAGACUGGAGGUGAGUCUGGCCCUGAAGAGGACUGGUUGAGGCUGGGGGCCGAGGCCUGUAACUUCAUGCAGGCCCGGAGAGGCCCCAAGCCCCCUCCUGUGGCCCCUAAAACGCAGGGCCCUCCACAGGUACCCCAGUUAGCGGGGAAGGGGGGUCAGCUGUUCGCCCGUAGGCAGAGCAGGAUGGAUCGCUAUGUGGUGGAGAGCACCCCCUCCUCACCCCAACCCUCUCACGGCCACCCCUGCCAGCUCUCUCCCACCCCCUCCCUCCCCUCUCAAUUCAGAUACUCCUCCAGCUGCAGAGCCCCCCCUCCCAUCAGCUACAACCCGCUCCUCUCCCCCUCCUGCCCUCCCCAGGCCCAGCGCCAGAGGGUGGGGGUAGCAGGGCAGGGUGGGAGCCCAGCGGGGCAUAAAGCCGCUCCUGGGGGUCAGAAGGCUCAAGGCAUCAAGGCUCUGGACUUUAUGAGUCGCCAGCCCUACCAGCUAAACUCCUCCCUCUUCAGUUACCGGGGCGGGACUCCCCAGCAAGCACAGGCCUAUCAACAGCAGCCGCGCAUGAUGGGCGGCUCCUACGGGCCAAUCAAGACGCCACGUGUGUAUGAGAUCAAGCGCUUCUCCACGCCACCUCCCACAGGCCCCUCCCCUACGAUCAUUGUCCCACGGUCAGCGACCACACUGGGAGAACCGCUGUGGAGGUCUGAAAUCAUUUCCCCUCUGCCCACAUCCACUUCCUGCUACCAAUCCCCCUCUAACACCCCCUACCAGCCUCAGCCCCAGUGGGUCCCUCCUCCUCCAGCCCCCACCGCCCCCCUCCCUCAGCUCCCUAGCUUCCCCUCUGCCCAUGUCCCUAACCCUCACCCCUACCCUUCCGAGCCCCAUGCCCCUCAACAGGGUAACAGGCAGUUUAAGAGUGCCCCUGAUCUCAGUCCUCUUGCCCACACCCCACCUCGCCCCGCCUCCACCACACCCUCCAGAGUGCCUCGCCCCAGAUUCAGCACCUCUAACCUGGGUCUGCAACCCAGCGUCUGGCGCCCCGGAUCCACCAUGCACUGAGAUUGCAGGUCAUGGAUUGGCACGAAGUGACAGGAAUAUAAAUCCCCCCACAUUCUGUUGUGAUUUUGGUUUUUGGUCUUUGUCACGUCAAAGAAGAUGUUAGUAUGGUGCAUUGCAGGCUUUUAUUGAUUUCCUGUUUGGGCACUAUUGCAACUCUUGGAUCACACCACCCAUUUCAUCACUUUUCUUCUUAUGAUCAUUUGACCAGCUCUAUUUCUCUUCGUAAAAAAAUACUGUUUGAUGUAUAGUUGAUACGCUUUGUUGAUAUAGUUGAUAUGUAUAAAUAUAUGAAUGUAACAUAAGUAUUUAAUGACAAUCGGAAAGGAAAAGGGUGAUCUAAAAUGAGAAAGACGUGGACAGGGAGAGAAAAUGGGACACGAUGUGAAGUUUAAUAAAGUUUAUUUAAAGCGAUGGGGUCGACGGAAUAGAGGUGAAAAUAAGGAAUGAAGUUGAGUGAUAAACUGAUACAUGGAGGAUGUGCUAAAGACAAGCCUGUGGAACGAGAGAGUGAGGGAGGAUGGAGAGGAGAGAUAGAUUAGAGGAGAGAUAGACUGGAGGAGAGAUAGAUUAGAGGAGAGGAAAUAAGAGUCCUCUCUAAGAGACAAACUGUUCGGUAAUAUGCCGAUCUGUUAAAGACUAGGAUGGACUAUAUGCCUGAUGUGUGCUGCCGUUGUGGCUUUAGCUCGGUGGGCUAACACAGUCUCGUGGAGUGAAGACGGCCCCGGUUCAAACCCCAGUUGGUCACAUAAAGGCCUGAAUCUGAAAUAGAGAUCUGACUCCGCUACAACUAUAUUGUCAUGAUUAUUGUGAUUAUAUUCUUAUUCUGAAUAUUAUAAAAUAGCCUGUUUUUUUUUUUUUUUGGGGGGGGGCUUCAUAUGAUUGUGUCAGAGUAUUGCACAGUAGUACAUCAGGAUGCAUUUGUUAAAUGUUUUCCCCACUUCAUAAAGUGCAUCCUUUAUUGUUAUAAGGAAGGGAGGUGAGGGGUGGAAGGGUAGGAGGUAGUGGUGAUGAUUUGUCUGAUUGUUGAUAUGCGAGAUGUUAAGUUGUUAUUCUGUGGUUCAGAGAAAUAAAACUAGAUGUGAAACUCUC